GAAGUCUCAGCUGUUUUUAUCAAUUCUGUUUUUAAUCAUAGCAGCACCUGGUUAUGAUGAUAAUGUAACUUUAUUUAUGCCGUGAUAUUCGUUUAAAUAACUCGUGUCCUUUACUUGAUACUUACUUAAUUACUAGAAUCAUGUCUAACAGUGUAACGGUUGACACUAAACCGUAUGAGGGCCAAAAGCCGGGCACAAGUGGAUUGCGUAAAAAAGUUAAAGUUUUCAUUCAAGAAAACUACACGGAGAAUUUUAUUCAAUGCAUUUUGGAUGUGAACAAAACCUCUUUGAUAGGAUCGACCCUGGUUGUCGGAGGAGACGGAAGGUAUCUCGUGAAAGAGGUUGUUGAUAAAAUUAUUAAGAUCAGUGCAGCGAAUGGGGUUUCGAAAUUGAUAGUAGGACAAAAUGGAAUACUUUCAACUCCUGCUGUGUCUUAUAUCAUUAGAAAAUAUAAAACUCUUGGUGGUAUAGUUCUCACGGCGUCCCACAAUCCGGGCGGUGCGGACGAGGACUUCGGCAUAAAGUUCAACUGCAGUAACGGGGGCCCGGCUUCCGAUGCUACCACCGAUGCCAUCUACAAACUCACCACCUCGAUAAAGCAGUACAAGAUUGUCCCAGAUUUAAACUGCGCCAUUGACAAAAUCGACGUACAUACUUUUAAGGUAGAUCAGCGGCAGUUUACAGUCGAAGUCAUAGAUGCAGUGGAAGAUUAUGUUUCGUACAUGAAGGAGAUCUUCGAUUUCCCGAAGAUCAAGGCUUUGAUCCAGGGAACGGAGCAGAGGAAGCCCUUCAACGUGCUCAUUGAUGCUAUGAACGGAGUAACCGGACCAUACGUGAAGCGGAUAUUCUUAGAGGAGCUAGGCUGUUCCGAGAAGAACGUUCGACGUAUCGUGCCCCUGGAAGACUUCGGCGGGGCUCAUCCGGAUCCGAACUUGACGUAUGCCGCGGAUUUGGUCGAGGCUGUCAAGGAAGGGGAUUACGACUUCGGGGCCGCUUUCGACGGAGACGGGGACCGCAACAUGAUACUAGGGCGGGACGCGUUCUUCGUGACGCCGUCGGACUCCCUGGCGGUGCUGGCAGACAAUCUGGAGUGCAUACCGUACUUCGCGCGAGGGGGCGUGCGGGGGCUGGCGCGCAGCAUGCCCACCGCCGCCGCCGUGGACCGGGUGGCGGCCGCGCGCGCCCUGCCCCUCUUCGAGGUGCCCACCGGUUGGAAAUACUUUGGCAACCUGAUGGACGCGGGUCAGCUGUCGCUGUGCGGAGAGGAGAGCUUCGGUACCGGGUCCGACCACGUGCGGGAGAAGGACGGGCUGUGGGCGGCGCUGGCCUGGCUCUCCCUCCUGGCGCACUCCGGCCGGUCCGUGCAGGAGAUGCUGCAGGCGCACUGGAAACAGUUCGGGAGGAACUACUUCACGAGGUACGACUACGAGAACUGUACCUCGGAGUCCUGCGAGGAGAUGAUGAGCGUCCUUGAGCGCACCAUGACCUCGCCCGGGUUCGUGGGCUCGGCGCACUCCGCCGGCGGCAAGGAGUACGUUGUCAAGCUAGCCGACAACUUCUCCUACGUGGACCCCAUCGAUCAGAGCGUGGCCAAGAGACAGGGCCUGCGGAUAAUAUUCGAAGACGGAUCCCGCAUAGUGUUCCGUCUCAGCGGCACGGGCAGUUCCGGCGCUACCGUCAGAGUCUACGUGGACUCGUACGAGGCGGUGAGCGUGGGGGGCGCCGCUGCUGACGCGCUGGGUCCGCUCGUCAGCAUCGCCCUGGACAUAUCCCGCUUGAAGCAAUACACGGGUCGGGACGAGCCCACAGUCAUCACUUAAAGUUACAACGAGAAAACUUAACACGAACUAAAACUUUACACACAAUAUUGAAUUUUAAAGAAAGUAGUUUUUAGUAUUUAGUCUUAUUUAACAGAACUAAUGGUCCUCCAGUAGUCAAACUUCGACUAUAAUUAAUUAACAUUAUUGUGGUUCUAUUGUCAAAGAUUAUGAUACUUCUAUAUUAACAGAUUUCGCCAAAACAACACUAAGUAUAGAUUA